CAAUUACUCAUCCUCGGGAACGUAAUGCGCUUACGGUUUGCCUUGCGAGUUUCGUCUUCCUUACCGUAUCUAUUUUCAUCACAACACUGUUCUCCACCCUCGUUCUGCCCCUCUGUCUCCUCGCCUGUGUUAUCCGUCGCCUCGGAGUUUGGACAGCUCGUUGGUUCGUGCAAGUCAUCUGUUGUCAGUGCGAUCGACCACAGAUGAGGGUGAGCAGUCUGCAUCCAAUUAUCGGUAUAGUCUCUCGUAUGAGAGCGGGUGAUCUAGACGGAAAUCAGGUCUGUCAGUGCCAGCGCAAUGCACACUAUCCUUCCCUACGCCCCCUCACUCCCGCUGAACUUCGUUGGCUUCCCUCAUUAGAUCUAAAAGAACCCAAAGUAUCUACUGAGGCACUAUCCAACAGUCCGCAUCUUUACAGCCCCUCAAACGCACCGGUUAUUGUGAUUUGUCUACGGUUCGGCUCGCCCGGCCUACAGUUGGCCAAACUACGUGAAAUCAUCGCUUCCCGCUUGUUGAACCGUUCUUCGGCAGCAUCCUCUCUGGCUUCUAGUCCCCGAUGUUCCAACGUACAGCAGGAUAAAUGGACCAACUCAGAGCAACUUCGUCAUCGUGCCAAUUCACUGGUACCACCAGCAGAUACCCUGUCACGUCUCACUCAGUGUCUCACCUGUCUUUCAACUGGCUACGCGUGGCGCGAAUGUUUGGCCUUCCGAAUCGAGGAACACGUGAUUCGAGUUCCCUCAUCUUGCCUUCCACCAAACUUUUCUAAAAGUAGGUGGGUCCCAAAAUUGAACCGAUCAUCCUCGUCCUCGGAAGCGUUCGAUCCCAGAGCCGCAGGACCUGGUUCGAGAGAUCAGCAACCCUGCCCGAUCAAUGUCGAAGCCGUUGUGCAAUCUUUGAGUCAGCUUCCGAUGCUUAUCAAUCGACCAUUGUGGCAAGCCUAUCUGUUGGAGGAAUUUCAAGAGGAGGAUCUGCAAAAUCUCGGUGUUCAAAUUGUUGCUGCCAACAAACUCGUCGAUCUGAAAUACCCAGAGGACAUCGCCCAACUCAUCGGAGAAGAAUACUGGACACAAGCACUUCCAUGCCAUCUUUCGGCAUUUACCUGGCACCUACAAAGCGCAGUCAUGCUUCAGAAUGUGCAAUCUCUGAACAUGUCUAUUGCAAUUCAAGAAGAAGCAAUGAAGGUUAUGGCUGAUGUGAAUGAGGCAUCGGAUGCGGAUAGCGUGACCGAGUCGGAUGAACUAGACCAUACGGCUACCAAACGAAUAACUGAUCGCAGUCAAUACCUGUCAACAAAGUCAAACACGUACAACCGUGGGGUAGAUGGAAAGUUAUCCACUGGUUGCAGUUCGUCCUCCACCUCCUUUGUGUGUCGUCGGUCUGGUUCUGCUGGUAUUGGAAGCUUGCUGAUUUUUCGGCUGCAUGCAGCCCUCUCAGACGAUUGCAAAGCACUGGUCCACCUGUUGACUAACUGUUUAGCUGACUUACCAAGUCGUGUGCACAGCCCCAAGUGCGCUCCGGCUAACUUGGUUAUCGGUAAUGACGGUACAUCCGAUAGGAAGCGUCGCUGGCGUGGUCAGAUCUCAGAUUCCGAAGAAAGAGCCAAUAGCCAUGCUUCCUCCGAAAGGAACAAUGACUGUGCUGCAAGUGCACGCCCAGCAACCAAACCGACGGUACCCCAGAAAUCGUAUGUGGCCAAGUUACACUGCCAUUCGUCUGACCCAAAGGCGGCACCGAUCAAUGAAUUAGGCCCGGAACAACAGAGCAUUAACACAAACGCACAAACUAGCAAGCCUAUCUUGACCGUGUCCGGAAGUAUCGCUACACAAGAGUGUCAGACCUCCUUACUUCCCUCUCCGGAGGACGAAGAUCCGGAAGAAUCAGAGGCAGCCCAGUGGUGGUACACAUUUUGGUCGAGUUCUUUGGCCACCAUCGCCACUUGCUGUGAUCUAAUUCGCGCCUUGGUUACUGGCCCAGCUGUGAUUCUGCACAAAUAUUUUUUCACCCGAGCUGAUGUGGGUAUUUGGGCACUUAGGGCUACAUCAUUUCCAGAGGACCGAAAACUCAGUCCUGCAAGGUUGCCAAGUUUAACCACCACGACAACGACAUCAGACAGUUCGAGUCCGUCCGGGUUUAUUGGUAACCGGUUGGUCUACAAAUGUGCGCUUCUUUCAUUGGUCAAGCUCAGUCGCGUGCGUCAGGUGACCAAGGCGUCCUAUUCAGAAAUUAUUCUGAGUCUGUUAGCUGGCGGACUACGAGCCUACCACCAGGAGAAAGGCCACCAUCCCGGAGGCACUUACGGUGGUUUCACUAGUUUCUUAUUGAGCAAUGUCGUAAUCACCUCGAUUCCCUCUCCCAUCAUCACUCUCGUUUUACAGACUGUUGGACUGAAACACCCACCGGAUUUGCUUUCGUUCUUAUCGGUAGAGGUUCCGGUUCUUCCUGGUUGUUCCAUCAGUGGCCUGCAAAACGGAUCCGUCCAACAGUUAAAUGUUCAAGGAUGUGAUGCUUCCCCGUGCACCGGGAUCACCAGAUUCUUGUCCCAUCAACACCGGUUGCGCCAUCAGCUGACUACAGGUUCAGUUCACCGUCCUCGCAAGCAGCAAAUGCAUCAGAAUUCACAACUCCAGCGGCACCAAGCAGACAGCCUGGUCGAGACGGGAUUAGUAGGAAACGAGCACCGAAUGGUUGCCAUGACCGCUCCACCAACCACAAUGAAUACACUGUGUCCAGGACGUCACGUGCUAGCUGAUAUUUGUCUGCCAAUCAAUACCGAGGGUAUGCUUCCUCGGUUGUGGGAAACCAGACAACGCCUUAUUGAAUUGAACAAUUCUGUUGACCCGCUAUGUCUGGCAUGGGCACGAACCAUACUCUACACCCUGAUGCCCCAUCCUUUGGCUGGUUGGAUUGAGGCCAAUUGUGGUGGUUCGGCCAAAGCCAGUGUGAGUGUGACCGGUGUGGAAGUCGUAUCACCGUUCACUGGCCACUCAAAAGACCAAGAACCGCACCAAACUUACCAGAUGCCACCGACACGCCGAUUGGCCUACAUGUCUUUGUUGGCAAGUAAAUCUGCCGAGGCGCGUUCUCUUCGACGCCGGCUACGUCAACGUCUUCCUCGUGGGACCUCGAUCUAUCCGCCCCGGUUGGGCACUAGUUUCCGUGCCUUGGCCCGUCAUCUGACCAACGCAAAUGCCGGUCUAGUUUAUAUCGGCGGAUCUCCUGUUGUGCGAAUCGAUACUUGGAUGCCUUCCCCACGACUUGAUUACUGCUCACCACCGGUCGAAACGGUCCCUACCAGUUCACAAACAGAUCUGGAUUCAAAAUGGGUAAUUUGCAGAAAUCUGAGCGUCACAUUCACCACCUACGCUGGUCAGUUGUCACUGACGUUCUCCGCUGACCGCGCUCUGGACAACGACCCCAACCUGGACCUGAUCUUACAUGCAAUGCGCGUCCAGCUUCGCAAAAUGUGCCGUCUGUUGGCUGGUCGACAUGUAACCACCCCGGCUGAUCGAUGGUUAUCUCAAAGUUCAAACAUCGAGCCCCGCUCCUCGGCAACCUCGGCUGUCAACCUUAGUCCAUCCCUCAACCCUAACCUCGUACUCCACCAAGACUCCGCGUUCUCUUCUCCAUCUUCUCCGCCGUCUACUUCUCCUUCCUCGUCAUCACCAGAUCCAAGUCCACAAAAAGUACCGGUCACCUCGAAUACACCAUCUAUUGCAGAGUUGAGACAGUCGAGGCGGAUGCGUGCGUCACCAACCGCCCCUCUUACGGACGCCAAAAACAACACUAGCUCUAGUGAGUCACCCAGAAGACAGAACAGGCCACCUUCUGGUCGAGAGCACAGGGAGCCUUCAGCACUGACAAAUAAGUCUCCCAAUACUACGUGGUAUGCGGCAGCCUAUGAAUGUCAGUCAAAUCAACCUACGGAACAGCUUCAAGACCGUCUCCGCUGGGUUCAGCAACAAUUAACCGACGCGGCGACGUGCACAGGCCCCGUUCGACACCGUCUCACCGAACAAGAGCUAGGAAUUCUUCGUGCGGAAUUCUGUGCUUUACUCAGAGAGCUCAAGCAAAGGUGCAGUCUCGGUAGUUUGGGUAUCACUACGGAACUGGGUGACUUGCCAUCCUCGGAAGAAAUAUUGACUGCUCGCUUCGCUAAUGGACGAUCCACGGUGACCACGAGGCAUCCGGUAGAGUCAUCGAAAGUGGAGAUGCGGAGGAAUAAGUCCGAUACUUUCAACUCAUACAUUACGGAGGGGUCGGCCGUAACCAUACGACCUUCCGCUAGCAAACUACCAGGGACUGAUGGCUACGUGAGACGAAAAAAUUCCACUUCCCUCGAAGGAGGUGAUUUUGAUGAGGAUCCCGAUUUCUACAUCGAGGGAUUUGACGACGAGGAAGAUGACCUGGAAGACGAGGAUCUUGUGGUUGCAGCACCGGAGACAGAAGUAAAAGAAGUGGCAGAACGAUCACGGAGUUCCCCAAACCGGUUGGUUGUCCCCAUUACCCAACCUGCCAAAACCUGCUCACACGCUUCACUGGCUGAAAGGUUGAUUCCAGGUCGAAAGAGUCGCCAGCAUCCGGAGCGCAAAUCACAGGCCAUCGACAGUCGUCAACCCAAGAAGAAACGUCCCAGUCUCAUCAAUGUGCAUAACAGACGGCGGCGUUCAUCACGGCUAUCCACAGAUAUGGCCAGUUUCGAUCUGAUCCCGAACCGCCGAGGGUCUCUAGGUGCCACCGCAGGGGUUCCAAGUGCGGAUGGUCUGCUGGCCAAGCUGAUAAAACCCGCCAAACUCCCAAGUGCCUUAUUCUCAGGCCAAAGUGAUUCAAAGAGGAGUAGGAAGUAG